AUGUUUAAUAAAAAACCGCACAAAGAUACAUUCCGUGAGUUCCACAAUCUGAACAACUCACUUGUCACGCAUCUAAUAAAUAUGCAUGAUUUAUUAGUACAAAGAUUAGAUACUGAUAUUCUUAUUAAUUUUUAUUUAUUAUUGGAAAAUCUGUAUCGAAAUGUAUUGUUAAGACCGUAUAUAGCCAAUUACCGUCUCAUAAGUAUGAAUUCUGGACGUUAUCACACAUGUGUAGCACCAGUUUUGGAAAAAUGCGAAGAUAUAUUAACCAAGUUGGGUUUUCGACGAAAUGAUAAGGAACAAUAUUAUUUGUUUGAAGGUGUUGAUAAAAAUGCAAUAGCUGAAUGUGCCAUGUUUAUUUUGUUUUUAAUUUAUAUAUUAUGCAAUUAUGAUGCCAACUCAUUAUUUCUACAUCAUAUCGUGAUACUUUACUCAUGUUUACAGAGAAAAAUGAUUAAAGCCAUAUUAGUGUUUAAUAAUCAUGGAAAACCUCGUUUAAUUAAAUUUUUUGAAUAUUAUACUGAAGAUAUUCAACAACAAAUUGUACGUGAAAUAUACCAUUUAGUAUCGAAACGUGAUGAUAAUGUAUGUAAUUUCUUGGAAGGUGGUGCUUUUAUUGGUGGCAAUGAUUAUAAAUUAAUAUAUCGACAUUAUGCUACACUUUAUUUUAUAUUCUGUGUUGACAGUAGUGAAAGUGAAUUAGGCAUACUUGAUUUAAUUCAAGUUUUUGUCGAAACAUUAGAUAAAUGUUUUGAGAAUGUUUGUGAGUUAGAUUUAAUAUUUCAUAUUGAUAAAGUGCAUUAUAUUCUUCAAGAAACAUGUUUAGGUGGUAUGGUAUUGGAAACGAAUAUGAAUGACAUUGUGUCUCGUAUUGAAGAGCAAACAAAAUUACAAAAACAAGAAGCGGGUAUAUCGGCAGCACCCGCCAGAGCCAUGAUGGCUGUUAAAGAUAUAAAUUUAUCACAAAGAAUAAAAGAUAUUAAACUGCCAUCAAUCUCAUUUUAA